AUGCUGUGUGGAGUGACGGAACAUGAACUCGAACACUUUCCACAUCCUGACUUCCGAGUGCAAGGAUCUUUUUUAGACUUUGAAAAUCCAAUGGAAGUAAUGAUGACCUACCAUAACCAAUUUAACAACCGGACAAAAUAUCUUGUCAACACUGAUUCUUCGGCAGUCUUUGUAGCAGCCGCAACAUAUUCAAAAGCUCUUGUUAAUGCAGGCGGAGAAGUAUAUUUAUUCGAAACUAGACAAAAACCUUACAGUAUGCAUGUAUCCGAUAUGCAAUAUUUUAUUGGAAUUCAAAGGGAAAAAACCCAUACUACGGAUAUGGAUAUUCUGGAUUCAUUUUAUUCAGAAUUGCUUGUCAACUUCACAAAAUUUGGAGAACCAUCACCAAUGUGGGAAAAACUAGACCCAGCUAGAAUGAACUUCUUGGCGCUGGAAAUUGAUACAGAACUUGGAAUUCAACCAAAAAUGGAAAAUGGGUUUCACGAAGAGCUGAUUAAUUUUUGGUUUAUGAAUAUGAACGAGUUGGACAAAAACAUAACAGAACAGGUGGCAUGA